AUGACUGUCCGCCGUCCUACCCACGCUGGCUCCUGGUACUCUGACAACAGAGCAACUCUGCAAGCACAGCUGGACCAGUGGCUGGACCUUGUUCCUGGCGAGCUCGAGGGGCUGGGCAAGCUGCCAGUACCUGGAGCGAGAGUGAUUAUAGCUCCGCAUGCAGGAUACUCCUACUCCGGGCCGUGUGCGGCCUUUGCGUACAAAUGCCUCGACUUAUCCAAGGCAAAGCGUAUCUUCCUGAUCGGCCCAUCUCAUCACCGCCACCUUACGACCAUCGCCCUGCCGGAGUUGACGGGAUACCUGACACCGCUCUCGUCUACCCCGCUGCCUCUGGACACGAAAGUGCUCGGUGAGCUGGAAUCCCAUGCAUCCUCGUCAGCCAAACGCUUCACGACGAUGUCACCAUCUGUCGACGAGGCCGAGCACAGCAUGGAGCUCCACCUACCGUACAUCCAUCGCCUGCUGCAGCGCCUAUAUCCGUCGCAGCCGACGUCAGCGUACCCCCCACUAGUACCCAUGAUGGUAGGCAGCACGUCUGCCGCUACCGAGCGAGCGUUUGGCUCGAUCCUUGGCCCUUAUCUUGCUGACGAAGAGAACGCGUUCGUGAUCUCGUCUGACUUCUGUCACUGGGGUUCGAGGUUCGCAUAUACGUACUACACUACGCACGCCGCCGAUGCACCUUACAAGAUGCCACUUACGUACCCCUCUCUACCGGUUCCCUCGGACGAGCUUACGGCAGCCAAGGCGGCGGAGGAAGUGGAAGUAGUGUCGUCAGGGCGGAUGCUGGGAGAGAAGGAUAAGUCAUACUACCAGGCGAAAGAUGCGUGUGCUAUCCAUGAGAGCAUUUCGGCGUGUGACAUUGCAUGCAUGUCUGCCAUAGCGAGUGGCAAUACGGAUGUAUUUCUAGACGCGUUACGGCGGACGGGAAACACUGUAUGCGGGCGCCAUCCGAUUGGCGUGGUGAUGGCGGGGAUGGAGGGACUUCAGCAUGAUCAGGCCGAAACGACGACGACGACGACGACAGAAGAUGGUGGAGUGAGGAAGGGAAAGUUCUACUUUUUGAGGUAUGAACGAAGCUCCGACUGUUUCUCUCUGCGAGACAGCUCAGUGAGUUAUGUUUCUGCCUUUGCCGUGCUGUAG